AUGGCGUUCCAUGACCGUGAGUACCCGGAAAGAGCCGCGCACAGCCAAGGACAAGGCCAAGUUCCAUCCCGCAAGUCACUGACGCAAUGCAACGUCUCCUUGGACAUAGAAAACAAAUUUCUGUAUGCUCUCAGCUCGAACCAAGCAUGGGCCGGGUAUAAAUCGCAUCAGAACCCGGCAUUUUUUAAGAACCUCGCUUCAGGACAGUCGCCUUCGAUCUUGUGGCUAGGGUGCUCUGAUUCGAGGGUGCCAGAGACAACAAUCCUCGGGCUCCAGCCCGGCGACGUCUUCGUCCACCGCAACAUUGCCAACAUCGUCGCGCCCACCGACAUCAACACCUCGGCCGUCAUCGAAUAUGCUGUCGCUCACCUCAAGGUCAAGCACGUUGUUCUUUGCGGCCACUCGGCCUGCGGCGGAGCCAAGGCUGCCCUGGGCGAUUCGCGUGUCGGAGGCGUCCUCGACACCUGGCUCACGCCCCUGAAGGCAGUUCGCGCCCAGAAUGCCGUGGAGCUCGCAGGCAUCAAGAACGAAGACCUCCGGGCCGUCCGGAUUGCAGAGAUGAAUGUUGAAACUGGAGUCAAGGUCCUUAUGGCCAACAUUACUAUCCAGGAGGCCAUCAAGGAGCGUGGUCUCACAGUACACGGAUGUAUUUUCGAUAUCGCUAGUGGCCGUAUCCGAGACCUAGGGUUCGGUACCAAAACCCCGAAGGGUCGCCGGAGCAGCAGCAUCAUUUCCAAUGGCGAGGAGGAAGAGAUUGUUCGCGGAAAACAUGCCCAGCUUGUGUUCCGCGACGGAGGGGAUGCGUCAAUGCAGAUCCACUGA